AAAUUGGGGAAGCUUGGUUUGGGCAUGUCCCAAGCGUGCGUCCGAAUGCGCAGGUGGUUUGCGUUUCGGAAGGAUCAAAUAACUCCGCAAAGCGGUUCGGUAGGGUAUUGGCAAAAAACCCGGAGACUCGAUGAGUUGCACUGCACCAAGUCUGAACUUCGCAUAAUUGAAAGAACAAGAGGGGAGAAAGCUGUGGUACGAGGCUAGGAAACUGGUCCAUGCGGGAGCGAGAGGAACCAGCUGGCAAGGCAGCGCCGUAGCAGCUGCACAGUCAGUUGAAACACUCCGUCGGCUCGGCAGUCAGCAGGCAUUGUGGGACUACUAGACGUUGCAGUCCUCGCGAAGGCCUCGUCUCCGUGCUACUACUCCGUCCCACCCAGCCCACUUUAUGCUAGUCCAGCUACUAGUAGCCACGUUAGUUACGUUAGCUUGUAACUGAGCUAAGCUGCUGAGGUUCGGAUCUCCGUUCUGAUUUGUUAGGCGGGGUAUUUAUUCAUUAUAUAUUAUCACUCAUUCGGGCGAGGAAAUUGCAUCAGCGUCCUGAAGUCUCGAGGGGACUCAAGCGUUCUGACGAAAUCAUAUCCUGGUUGCAUCGCCUGACUGGACAGCAGCGAGAGUGACGUGGCGUCAUAUCUGGUCGUAAACGCUUUUAUUCGGUCAAAGUCGAGUCUUCUCCCGACGGACAUUCCACCCCGUGGUUCACCGUGUUGCGACUACUAGGUCUCGCAUUUCGAUUGGCCUUCGUACUAGAACCUCUCCCCAAUGGCGUCAGGCCAGCACGGGUUCUAUUUUGACGGGGAUUUCGACCACAUAACGGAGGAGCACGGGGAAGGGGGGGAACGACCCGCGCCAGGUCAGCGCCAUCCGCACCCCGCCCCGCAGCACCCUCCGCACGCCUCCCACCCGCAGCACCAGCAGUACCAGCCAGAUCAUUCCCGCCACUCCGCGCACCACUCACAGGCGCACCGGCAUCGCGCGGCGGGCGGCGCGCAGCCGCGGGCUCCGCCGCCGACCGGGAGCUACGGCAUCGCGGGGUCGCGCGGAGCUGCGGGCGGCGGGAGCGGAAGCAUGGGGGCGAGGGCAGUAGGGCGGAGCGGCAGCAUGGGGAGAGCGGGGAGAGCGCAGGGUGGUACGAUUACUAGUAGCAGUAGUACUGGUAGGUAUCACGAUGACGAAGAUCUGGAUGAGGAGGAGGGUGCGGACCCAGGGUCCGUACAGGACCGGCCGUCGUUCCAGCAGCGAGCGCAUUGGCCGCAAAGCUACCGUCAAUCCAUGGACGUGUACAGCCACAUGGCGUCGCCCAGCAUCCCGAAGCUCUUCAGCCCUCUGACGCACCGUCUCAGCGGGGCCCUCACCUCCCCGCACCCCUCCUUGUCCUACCGCGGCAAGUCCCCGAUCCUCUCUGACUCGAGCUACACCCAGCCGUCGCUGCAGCAGGGACUGCUGCCCCAGCAUCAGCAGCAGCAGCACUACCAGCAGCAGCAGCAGCAUCAGCAGCAGCAGCAGCAGCAUCACCAGCAGCAGCAACACAGGAAGAUCUCUCCAGACGGCCAGCUCUUGAUUGGCGCCGAUGGGCGUGUGGCCGAAACAGUGGCACCUGCCAUUCCUGAGCUGGGCAGGCGUGGCGGAGGGAAAGGGGCGGCGGAGGAGGAGGAGGAGGAAGACGACGAGGACGAGUAUUACGACGGGGAGGAGGACGGGGAGGAGGAGGAGGAUUACGAGGAUGCGGAAAUGUACUAUGAGUUGCAAGGCAAGGGGAGCACCUUCAUGCAGGCGAUGUUCAACGGAGUGAAUAUCCUAGCGGGGGUGGGGGUGCUCUCAACGCCGUACGCGCUCAUGCAGGGGGGGUGGGCGGGGCUGCUGCUGCUGGUCCUGCUGGCUGCGAUCUGCUGCUACACGGGCCUGGUGCUGCGGUUCUGCCUGGAUAGCGAACCGGGGCUGGAGACGUACCCUGACAUAGGCGAGGCUGCGUUUGGGCAGAUGGGGCGGCUGCUCAUAUCGAUCGUGCUUUAUGUGGAGCUAUAUGCAUGCUGUGUGGAGUUUCUGAUCCUAGAGGGCGACAACCUGGGGGCUAUGUUCCCGCAGCUGGGUCUGUCCGUGCUGGGAGUGCCGCUGACGUCGCGCCAUGUGUUUGUGCUCGUGUCGGCGCUCUGCAUCCUGCCCACCAUGUACCUGCGCGACCUCAGUCUGCUCUCCUACGUCUCAGCGGGCGGGGUGGUGGCGUCAGUGGUGGUGGUAUCGUCAGUGGCGUGGGUGGGGGUGGCGGAUGUGGGGUUCCACCAGUCAGGCCCGCUGCUCAACCUGUGGGGCAUGCCGGUGACCAUCGGGCUGUUUGGCUUCUGCUACUCGGGCCAUGCUGUCUUCCCCAACAUCUACAUGUCCAUGCGCAACCGCAACGACUUCAACAAAGUGCUCUACUGCAGCUUCCUCCUGUGCACGCUCAUCUAUGGCGGCAUGGCAGUGAUGGGCUUCACCAUGUUUGGGGCCGCACUGGAAAACCAGAUCACGCUCAACCUGCCGCGCCAGUUCAUCGCCUCCAAGAUUGCCAUCUGGACCACAGUUGUGAAUCCCUUCACCAAGUACGCGCUCUCCAUGACGCCGGUGGCGCUGUGUCUGGAGGAGCUUCUCCCCUUGGACCCUCUCUCCCCGGGCUACCGCCGCGCCUCCCUCGCCAUCCGCACCGCGCUCGUCGUCUCCACUGUCGCCGUUGCGCUGCUCGUGCCCUUCUUCGGUUACGUGAUGGCGUUUAUCGGUUCCUUCCUUAGUAUGACUGUGUCUGUCAUGCUGCCCUGUGCCUGCUACCUUCGCAUCCUCGGGCCUAAAGCCACGCUCUCCCAGCACCUGCUGUGCUAUCUGCUCAUCAGCAUAGGCUUCGUCUGUGCCACAGCUGGCACGUACGCAUCAGUGAAGGGCAUUAUAGAGAGCAUGGGGGGAGGCGCAGAGGGCAACAGCUUGCUCCAUCACACCGCUUCUAUCGUCUCCUCGUCCCCGGCGGCUUUAGUCUGAACUGAAAACCCUGCCUCGUGUUCAGAGGCUGGUUUUACAUUCCGAGGGCUUGAGGCUGGUUUGUUCUUUAGCUAGUAAGGCUCUCAGAACGAGGGCUGCCGAGUGCUACUGUAUGACUCACUGGUCCUGAAACUCCCUGCACUGGUCCGCACCGGUGAGUUGUGCGCAGCUGUGGGCUCAUGGCUUUAAGCAGACCUGAGAAGCAGGGUCUUCUGCAACAGCAAGGUUCAGUCCGCCGCAUCGCAUCGCACUAGGCUGGUGACGGCAAGAUGCUACCGGUAUUCAUUUUUUGAGGAGGGGCACUUGAUUCUUGAUUGUGCUGUUGACCUUCACCUGCUUCCAUCUGUAGAGCUGUGUUGAGAUGUAGACGGAUUGCACACAGGUGGGCUAUGGAGGCCUUGUUUCCAUUAAGUCUGUUGGUCAGUACAACAAAACGAACCCCAUAGGGCGAGCCUGCGUUUGGGAGUGGAAGGGAGCGUGAUUAGAUAAAGAACACUGUUAAGGUUAUGCUAGGCAGCCACCUUCACCUGCUGCCAUCUGCUAGACAGCUGUAUCCGAAUGACUAAGUU